AUGCAUACAGCCGAUGACAACAACGUGGCACAAUCAAUCGAUAGACGGCAAUCCUCGAAGCGUGAUGCGAUGAACUGGAUCAAAUCUCUGCUUUCGCAGGUAUCACACGGGGGCAGUCCUGUGGCAGCAUGCCACUGGACCCCUAGUAGUCUGAUCGAUGGCCAAGGAGUAUUCGAUGACCUUGCGGUUGUGCUGUUAAACCGACCGAUUCUGUUGGACAAGCACUACUUUACGACCCUCUGGAAUGGUGCCCGAGUACGCAUCGCAGUGGACGGAGGAACGAACCGUUGGGUUGACUUCGUGAAGGAUACCAUCAACGGUGUGCACAAACUUAAACCGCCAGAUCUAGUCACUGGUGAUUUCGAUUCAUGCAAUCAGGAGGCCAUGACUUACGUGAAACAACUUAAAUGCAAGAUAAUAGCCACACCGGAUCAGAACGCAACCGAUUUCACGAAAUCUCUCAAAGUACUUCAAUCGCACGGCCCUGUCGACGGAGAAAUAACGCGCGUGCUGGCACUAUGUGAAUCUUCCGGUCGUCUCGACCAAAUUAUGGCCAACAUCAACACCCUGUUCCUAGCACAAACCAUUCUGCCCGCAGUACCGGUCUUUCUGCGGUCCAGCAACUCACUAUCUUGGCUACUGCACCCGGGCGAACACACGAUCGACAUUCCGCCACGGUUGGUUAGCGACAAAAUUUGGUGCUCACUAGUACCGAUCGGUCACAGCUGUUGCUGUACCACGGAGGGCCUCAAGUGGAACCUGGACCACUGGACGAUGCAGUUUGGCUCGCUCGUCAGCACAUCCAACACGUACUCUAGUGAGCGGGUGAGGGUUGUAAACGAUCAACCCGUCCUGUGGUCGAUGGGCACAACUCCGAAGGAUAUGUGACCGCCCGGUUUCCACAAAACUCCAGCCGCAUCUUGGUGAGAUGUGAGUAAGGUGCUUUGUGCAGACCGUUACACUACCUUCAGACAGUUCGUCAUGUCCACAUAGCGGCCAUUUGCACGUUAAAAAGAAAAUACACGCGGCCCGUUUCAACCGAUUGAUGAAAUGAUCGAGAUAAACGAGGACUUGACGUAGGUGGCGGUGUACCGAGCGUGUGUUCCCGUUAAAUGGGUUCCGAUGUUGUCGGGGAAUGGGUUAAGGAUGUUUUAGUUCUGUG